CAAAACUAUUGUGAACAUUGAUUAUUGAAAAAAAGUAAAGAGAAAGUUCACUUCACAAAAUCAUCUUCGAUAUAUCUUUGAUCAUACGUGACAGUGAUGGACAGCCGCAACAGAAUGCUAUGGGUGGGGAAUUUAUCAGAAAGAACAAAAGAAGAAAUACUGUACGAGUUAUUCUUACAGGCUGGGCCACUUGAAAAAGUAACAAUUCCUGUUAAAGAUGGUCGUCCUCAAAAGUUUGGUUUUGUGACAUUCAAACAUGAAUGUUCUGUGCCAUACGCCAUUCAGUUAUUAGAUGGGAUCAGAGUUUGGGGAAAUCCCCUCAGGUUACAGCCAAGAACAGGUGCUACACCAACUCUGUCACUUAACAACAGCCCAGCAGAAAAUAUUCCAAGUGGUUCUCAAGGUCAAUUUAAUCAAAGUCCUACCGCAUAUAAUCAAAGUCCCUCUAUGCAAAGAGGAAAUACUUGGCCUAGUUCAAGAAAUCAACAUGACGGAAGAGAAUUUCCAAGCCCAGGGAACAGGGAUCAUCAAGGUCAUGGAAGUAGGGAUCAUCAAGGUCAUGGCGGAAGGGAUUAUCAAGGUCAUGGAGGAAGGGAUAUUCAAGGUCAAGGAGGGUCACACAGCAGAGGCAACAGUAAAUGGGAUAAUAGAUUCGAUGAGUCUCGAAACAUGGAACAUAUUCCACUGCAAGGGAAUUCACACUUUAACAACAGCCCUCAAGAGAUGAAACCCAGGGAUCUCAGAGACCAGGAUUACUAUAAUGAAAAGAGAGAGAGACUUAUGACUAAACAGAAAGCCAGUUUAGAUGUUCAUCGACAUAGACAUGAAAGAAGGGGGCAUGAUCACAUGCAAAACCCGUACGAUAGAGGGGGCCGCCAGCAACCCUGGCAGUCUAGGCCCUAUAGACAUUGAUUAUGAUGUGAAAUACAAGAACUGUUGGCAGCAUGUCAUCAUUGGAGUAAUUAUAACUUUCAUUUCUUCACAGUGAGAAGCAAAAUUCUACAAUAGAUGUCACAAAAUAUAUUUAUAACUUUCAUAUAAAAACUUUCAUAUGUUUUUAUGGUACAGUAAAAGCAGAAAUAUUUGUUUAUGAUUAAAUUUCAUGUACACAUGUAUUAUUUUUUAAAACAUUCAUUAAUAAUAUCCCAUGCAAAAUAUUUAUUUGGUUCUUCAUUUUGUGACAAUGAAAUUAUAUAGAUCUCAAAGACACCAAUCUAUAUCAGAGAUCAACAAAAAUUUACACCCAUAAAUAUUUAUGCACUUUUCAUAGGUGUGCCUACUUAUUUUAGUUGAGCUUUUUUUUAACACUGCAUUAAGAUCAGUCAUAAUUUAUACUCAUUAGUUUGACCCCAAGUAAAUGAUGUUAUUUAAAGUGAUCAUUUUACUUGUCACAAAAUAGCUCUCGUCUCAUACUGCCAGUUUUAAUCUUUUAUUUUAGUUGAUUAGAGUAUCAGCAACCUAGAAUACAUUGGGUGUUUUUGAUUUUUGUUUAUUUUUUACAUUCAACAAUUAAAACAUCAGACCUGAGAGUGGCACUGGAUAUAAUAGUCUUCUCAUAGAUUUUAACGGAAGUAUAAUGCCACAUAAACUGAUAUGUACACAUUUCUAAAAGACUUGUACCGGUAUAUUUGAUGUUAAUGUCUUCAGCAGAAAUUCAGAUUAAUUCGUAUGAAAAUUAAACAUUACUCAUUUGUGUCUUGUCUUUGAAUCAUUUUAUAUGCAUUUGAAUAAAAAAUCAUUUAUGUAGCAAG